AUGCAAGCCCUCUUCGGCGGCCCCUCCUCCUCUCAACCCUCGACCCAAGAACCCGAACCUAAAGGCCCACUGGCCAAACACCUGGAGCAAAUAAUAAAAAACUGCGAACAAGCCGUCAACGCACGAGACUUCUCGCUCCCAUCCCCAAAAACCUGGGACCACUUCUCCGCAUCCGACCUCAAAGCCUCCUGGUCGCACUCGGCGAUCGUCUCGAACGCCUUCAACCACGUGCAAGGGCGGAAUGAGUUUCUCGAGACGUAUAAGCAUUUGACGGAGAAGUGGCCGGAGUAUCAUGUACAGCUGACGGAGCUGGAUACGCAUGUGAGGCAGAAGGGCACAAGGGCGGAUGUUUAUGCUAAUGCGGAGGUGAGGGGGGCGCCGCCGGGCGUGGUGAGGACGAGUGUGUUUGUGACGGAGUUUGCGUUUGAUGAGGAAGAGAGGCGGUGGGUUGCUAUUCGGAUGCAGGGGAUGAGUGGGAUUGAAUCGAGUGGGCAGGAUUGA